GUAAAUCAUAUGCCGAUAAAAUUUCACGCCUAGUGUUAGUUAAGCAGAGUGAUCAUUUCCGAUGAUGCGACAUUUUAUUCAACAUCAGUCGUCUGCUGUUUUGCACACAAAAGUGACUCUCAUUAAUACUCGAACGAUAAAUAUUUAAACUAUUGUGGUUUUGUAGAAGAGAAAAUAUCGCGGUGUAAUAAAUCCGGUGUCAUUCUGAAGUUUCAGGGCUGUUGCUUUCAAAGCGUGUUGUCCCAAAGUGUUCUUUCACGUGACGUGAUGAACGGAUCGAUAAAGAAAAUCGGACACGUGCGAAAUGGACGUGCAACGCUUUAUGUUCGGAGGAUUGAAAGCGGAUCCGAUAAUUAUAUCGACGCUCUCGACGUUCCUGACUGUGGUGCUAUACGUUAAAUACUGGAUUGAUAGUUACGCCGUGACAAAUAUUCCUACGAAAUCGUUACUGCCGUCUUACGAUUUCAUAAUAGUGGGCAGUGGUUCUGCAGGGGCUGUGAUAGCGAAUCGUUUGUCCGAGAUAAACGACUGGAACAUUCUCCUUUUGGAAGCAGGUGGCGAUGGAGGAGACAUUUACGAUAUUCCUGUCCUCGCUGCCAAUCUGCAGCUCACCAGCAUCGAUUGGCAGUACAAGACGGAAAGCAAUGACAAUUACUGUCGAGGGAUGCAAGAUGGCCGCUGCAACUGGCCACGCGGCAAAGUUCUCGGCGGCAGCAGCGUGCUGAACUACAUGCUCUACGUCCGCGGUAACAAGAAAGACUACGACACUUGGGAGAAAUUGGGCAACCCAGGCUGGUCCUACGAGGAUGUUCUGCCUUACUUCAAAAAAUCCGAGGACAAUCGAAAUCGUUCCUACACCGAGACGAGGUACCAUUCGACCGGUGGAUAUCUAACCGUCCAAGAACCGCCGUACCAAACACCUCUGGCCAAUGCGUUCGUGAAAGGUGGCCAAGAGAUGGGUUACGAGGCCAGAAACAUCAACGGAGAACAACAGGCUGGUUUCAUGAUCGCUCAGGGAACUACCAGAGACGGCAGUCGAUGUUCGACGGCCAAGGCCUUUCUGCGACCAGCCAAGUCGCGCAAGAAUCUACACGUCGCUUUGGAAGCGCACGUUACAAAAAUCUUGAUAGAUCCGUCGUCGAAGACAGCCUAUGGGGUGGAGUUUGUCAGAGAGGGAGAAACGUUGCGCGUUCACGCGAAUAAGGAGGUGAUCGUUUCUGCGGGCGCUGUGAACAGCCCUCAGUUGCUGAUGCUGUCCGGAAUCGGGCCUGCGGAACACUUGUCGCAACACGGGAUACCGGUGAUCGAGGAUCUGAAAGUGGGCCACAAUCUUCAAGAUCAUAUAGGCUCGCUAACCCCUACGUUCAUAGUGAACGAAACAGUUUCGUACACCGAGAGCCAGCUGUACAACGCCUACGACAUCCUAAACUACGCGAUCUUUGGAAAGGGCCCUCUGACCGUGUUAGGCGGCGUCGAGACUUUCGGCUUCGUCAAUACCAAGUACGUGAACGCCUCUGACGAUUAUCCGGACCUAGGGUUCCUCUUCCUCGCGGGCUCGCUCAAUUCUGACAACGGUAGAAAUCUAUGGAGGAUUAUAGGGCUAAAGAGGGAAGCUUACGAGGCGAUGUUCAACGAGCUGGACGAGAAAGGGAACAACGCGUGGACUGUUCUUCCCAUGCUCCUAAGACCGAGAAGCAAAGGUGUUAUCAAGCUCCGAAGCGACGAUCCCUUCGAUUAUCCGUUGAUAUAUCCGAAUUACUUGGAGCAUCCGCUCGACGUAGCGACACUCGUCGAAGGGAUCAAAUUUUUGGUCGAACUGAGCGAAACUGCCUCGCUGAAGCGUUACGGAAGUGAAAUCAAUCCGAAACCGUUUCCUGGUUGUGAGAAUAUUCCAGUAAUGACUGAUGAAUACUGGGAGUGCGUUGUCAGACAUUACACGCUGACUGUCUAUCAUCCGUCUGGUACUUGCAAGAUGGGCCCUUCCACUGAUCCAGAGGCCGUGGUGGAUGCUAUGCUUCGAGUUUACGGAGUAAAGGGACUUCGAGUUGUCGAUGCGUCUAUAAUGCCAAAUAUAGUCAGUGGCAACACGAACGCGCCGGUUAUUAUGAUCGCGGAGAAGGGCUCCGACAUUAUUAAGGAAGAGUGGUUGAGUGUAUGCUCUGAACAAUCAGUGGAUCAUUGCGCAGCAUAGGUUGAAAUGGGAUUUAAUGAAUAUAUGUAAUACGUUUCAGUGGGAAAACGACUUACAACAAACUGAAUCACUCAAUGUCAAUAAAGUUGUAUUUUUCUAGUGA